GCCUGGGCAGCAAUCUUAUUAACCUCAAGAUUACACUGAUAUCAACUGGAUUUAACCGGCUCGACCGAGUUCAGGAGAGGGACAUAAAAAAUGAGAGUAAUUUGUAUUAUCAUCACAAUUGUGUAAAUUAUUUAAUUUCAUACAUCACACCAGGACGGGCCCAUUGCGGACGAACCAUGCCGAAAGUGAAAGGUCUAUUGGAGCGUCUGAAUGAUGGCGAAUACGUCAUUGUCGCGGAAGGCUACCUUUUCGAGUUUGAAAGAAGGGGCUACCUCACCGCCGGACCUUACACGCCGGAGGUCGUACUGGAACACCCCCAUCUCGUCAAGAACAUGCACGAGGAGUUUGUCCACGCCGGCAGCGAUGUCGUUCUUGCUUUCACGUAUUAUGGAAACCGAGAGAAGAUGCGUCUGAUCGGUUGGCAAGAUCGUGUAGAGGAGAUGAACCGGGAGGCUCUACGCCUCGCCAAGGAGGUGGCUGACGAGACGGGUACACUGAUGGCUGGGAACAUUUGUAACUCGACCUACUACAAUCCGAAUGAUGAGUCGACAUGGGAGGACACCCGCCAGGGUAUGGAGCAACAAGUUGAAUGGGCUGUCGAAGCAGGUGCUGACUACAUACUGGGGGAAACAUUCUUUGAAUACGGCGAAGCAAAGAUGGCACUGGAAGCUAUCCUAAAGAAUGGACGAGGGAAGCCAGCAGUUAUGACCUGUGCGCCGUCGAUUACCGAUAACGUCCUGUCCCAGUCCAUGCCAAUGGUCGAGGCUUGUCGCUUGUUGGAGGAGCAAGGGGCGGACGUUGUCGGCCUCAACUGUAUUCGUGGGCCCCAGACAAUUUUACCGAUGAUUAGAGAGGUCAGGAAGGUCUGCAAGGGCCACAUUGCCUGUCUUCCAGUACCAUACCGCUGUGAUGCUGAGCACCCAACCAUGCAGUCACUCAAAGGACACGACACAGGUACUCGGGCUUUUCCAAUCGACCUUGACGAAUGGUUUGUCGGGCGAACUGGGGUGGAGAACUUCACCAAGGAAUGCAUGGACAUCGGUGUCAAGUACGUUGGUCUGUGCUGCGGGGGCUCCGCGCACACACUUCGGACCAUGGCGGAGACAGUCGGGAAGAAACCAGCUGGAAGCAGGUAUGCGCCAAAGAUGGAACUGCAUACUCACUUCGGGGACAAAAAGCGUGGAGUUGUCACGUACGAUAUGUCCAUCAGGGAUCAGAUUGAGGGAGGCAUGAACAAAAAGUGAAAACGUCGGUGAUCACAUACCAAGUCUUAUCAUAUAGACGGUACCUCAGAUACCCCUGCUCUGUCAUUUACAAUGACGUGUGAUCGGACUAGAUUUGCCAAAACCGUUGGCCUCCACAUGAAUGUAUACAUGUCCGUGUUGUUAGGAAAAAGGAAUUUUCUUCCCUUGAAUGUCAUUGUAUAUCUGACCACAUUCCGGGACCACAAUUUGCAGGAAAUGUUAGUAGCCCGCUGUCAAUAACCUACAUUUUUCAUUUGUUUGCCAUCGUUCAGACGGCGACGUGACAAUUGUUCGUACGUAGAAAGCACUUCUGUAAGUGAUGUUCGUCAGUUCCUUCGAUAGAUGUAUAGUACUAGUAUAUAUCCGAAAUGCAAUAAGAACCAGCUGAAAUUAUCGCAUAUACAUGUGAAGCUGAAAAUAAACUGACAGAAUCUUCGACUUUUUUUUA